AUGGGUAAUAGCGAUAAUUAUUUCAGUAACUUUAUAAAUACUAAAAAUGGUCAUAUAUAUAUAACAAUCGGAAAGAUUAUACAGUUUCAAGUUCAACCAUGGAUGGCAAUGAUGAUAGGUGUGUUUUUAAUUAUUGCUGUAUUUAGAUUAUACGAAUUUAUAUCAUCAGGAGAAUGGAGGGGUAGAAAUCAAAGGAAACGUAAAGAUAGUAUCGGUGAUCCAUUAUUAAUGAUUAGGCAAAUGAUAAAUACCAAACCAAAAAGAUUUGCAGAUAUAUUUCCCGAAGAACUAAAAGAGCUAGCAAAAAGAAGAGUGAAUGUGUUAAAAGAAAGAGAUCCAUUUCAUAUUUCAAAGUUGUUCCCAGCUUAUGCAUUUUUAACUUCAAAUCAAUCAUCAUCGCGGUUUUUAUCGUCCUCAAGAGGAAGUGCCUUAAGAAAAUCAAUAUUGGCAAAUUCAACAUCUUCAACACCACCACCAUUUAAUAAAUUUAAAAAAAAAUCAUCACAAGUUGUAUUUCAUACACCACAACAUUUAAAUUCCUCAGGUUUAGAAAAAGAACCAUCACCAUUAUUUUUAUCACCUUCAAUUAAUGAAAGUACAAGCGAUUUAGAAAAUAAUAUAACUAAUUUUGAUAAUAAUAAUAAUAAUAAUAAUAAUAAUAAUAAUAAUAAUAAUGAAAAAAAAUUAACUACAAUCGAAACAAAUGAAAUUAUAAACAAUACAAAUCCAAAUAAUAAUAUUAAUCCACAUAUAUUAAAAAGUAAUAAUAGUGACAAUGAAGUUGUAAAUAGCGAUUUUAAUAAUUUAAAUUAUAAUUCUAUUGGAAGUAAAGCAUUAAAUACUAUUGGAGCAUCAAAUGAUUUAUUACCAAAACCACCUACAUUAGAAAAUAUAAAUGAAAUUUCAAAAACAACAGUUUUAGAAAAUAAUAUAACCAACAACAACAACAAUAAUAUUGAUAUUAAAUAUAAUAGCAGUAAUAUACCCAGUCCAAUUGAAAGAAGAAAUUCUUUUAGUAACUCCCAAACAUUACGUAGUACAUGGUCCGGAACAGCUGCAUUAGAUCACCACUUAGAAAAUAAUAUUGAUAAUACAAAAGAUAGUACUUUAACUAAAUCAACUUCAUCCUCUACAAUUAGUAACUUUAAUAAUAACAAUACUAAUGUUGCAACUGGUGCUUCAUUAUCAGAAUCAGAAUUACCAUAUAUUGAAGAAGAGGCAGAUGAUGACAAUAGUGAAGAUGACCAUCAAUCUAAAAAAAGUAAUGCAAGUUCAACUAGCCAACCAUCAAUGGCUUCAAAUGCAUCAAGAUCAUCAUCAAGUUCUUUUCCCUCAUACAACCAUACAAAAGUUCAACCAUCUACAAAUUUUGGAUUGGUUGGGUUAGCAUUAUCAGGUGGUGGUAUUAGAUCAGCUACAUUUAAUUUGGGUUUACUCCAAGCAUUAUCAAAGCAUAAGCUAUUCAAAAAAAUGGAUUACCUAUCGACAGUUUCAGGUGGAGGCUUUAUAGGGUCAUGUUUAAUAUCAUUACUUAGCGAAGGAACUUAUACCACAGAUUGGCACAACUUCCCAUUUCAUUAUGGCAGAGGUUUAAAAGAAGGUACACCAUUAACUCACUUAAGAAACAGUGCAAAUUAUUUAGCCAAUGGAAUAUUUGAAUUUUUAUUAUUUCCAGUAUUAAUCUUGCGUGGUAUCGUUUUAAAUCUAAUUUCAAUAUUUCCAUUCGUCUGGGUGUUAUUGUUAUUCGAACGUUAUGUACCAGUUCAAUUUGGCGAGGGUUAUCAUAUUUCACUUAGAGUUGCAUGGAAUCUAUUAAUUCACAUUAUUAUAUUUCCUUUAAUCUCAAGACCUAAAGUUACAAUUCCUGUAUUGGUUGCUUUUGUAUCCUUUUAUUACUCAGAGCUUUCAAAAUACUUUUCAAAGAUUAGCAAUAUCGAUUUGGGAAUCUCUAUAAUAUUACAUUUAUAUUUAAAUUUCCCAAUGAUAUUCAGAAAGGAAGGAAGUAAAGUAUGGUACGAUAGAAGUUUUGGCUGGUUAUUUAUAAUGCUUAUUGCUGGUGCCUUUGUCGAGUCCCUUCCAUUGAUCGAGGUUGUUUAUACUUAUUACUUUGGUGGUGCUUCCGAGUCAUCAUUUAGAGUCUAUCCAUUAAUUUCAUUGUUUGCAUUAAUUCUAGCAGAUUCAUUGGCAUUUACUUUGUUGACAAAUCCAAAGCUUUCACCAUGGAAACGUUUGGUAUUCCAUAUUAUAGUAAGUGUUAUUGGUCCAAUAUUGUUAAUACUUACUUAUUUAGAGUUAAGUGUUUGGUUAGAUUCAACAAGUCCAUUGUUUGGUAUUGGGAAUGGUAUGUGCUUCUUUAUAUCUCUUUUAAGUUUCUUUAGUUUGGAUAUCAAUGAAACAUCAAUGCACAAAUAUUACCGUGAUCGUCUCAGUAAAGCAUACAUGUUUUCAAUCAGAAAUGGUAGAUUUAGACCAUAUGGUGGUGAAAAGAUAUCCCGUUUAAAUCGUAGAUCAGUUGCCCCAUAUUUAUUAAUCAACACAACAUUAAAUUCAGUAUCGAAUAGUGAUGGAUUAGAGUUACCAAAUUCUCGUGGCUCGGACUUCUUCAUAUUUUCUCAGCAUUACUGUGGUAGUGAGUCGUCAGGUUAUCGUUCAACAGAGCAGAUGGAGCGUUUAGAUAGACGUCUAGAUUUAGCAACUGCAGUUUCAAUUAGUGGUGCGGCUGUUGGUACUAAAAUGGGUACAGCAACCAUUCCAACAUUAGUUAUGUCUUUAGGUAUUCUUAAUAUUCGUUUAGGUUAUUGGCUCCCCAAUCCAUUAGGUAUAUUUUUAAGUCACCCAUUCCUUGGAAGAGUGUUUUAUGGUGGUUUUGCAUGCUAUCAUUUGGUCAAAGAGUUUGGAUGGACACCAAUGACAUCAAAAGAUUGGUGUAUUAAUCUCAGCGAUGGGGGUCACAUUGAAAAUUUAGGUGCUUAUGAAUUAAUCAAACGUCGUUGCAAAUACAUCAUUAUUAGCGAUGCCGAAGCAGAUCCUGAUAUGACCUUCCCAUCAAUGGCUCAGCUAAUGAGACUCGUUAGAAUUGAUUUUGGUAUCAAUAUUCAAAUUAAUUUGGACGAUAUUAGACGUAAUCCAGCUACAGGUUAUUCAAAAAAACAUUGGACAGUAGGUAAAAUUAUUUAUCAAAAGAAAAAAAGUUUUUCAAACUAUCAAGAAGGCAGCAGCAGCAAUAAUAGUGGUUCAAAUCCAGGUGCAGAUAAUGAUACAGAUAAUGACAUACCACCAAGUGGCGAAGUAGGAUAUCUUUUAUACAUCAAAUCAUCAUUAACUGGCGAUGAAGAUGAAAUCAUUAAAGAAUAUCAAUCUCAACACCCAUCAUUCCCUCAUGAAUCUACUACCGAUCAAUUCUUUACCGAAGCUCAAUUUGAAUCAUAUAGAAGUUUGGGUUAUCAUAUUGGUGGCUCUUCAUUAUUUGGACCCAAGUACAAUCGUUUAUUUAAUGGUGAAAAUUUAGAAGAAUUUUUUGAAAAGAUAUAUUUAUCAUGUAAUGGUGAAUUACCAAAGGGUUGGAAAGAAAAAACUGAUGAAACAGGUAGCAAAUAUUUUGUUCAGGAGGAUAUGAAAAAAACCACAUGGUAUGAUCCUCGUAUUAAAAAAAAUCAAGGCAGUUUAUAAUAAAAUUUAUUUUUAUAUUUAUUAUAAAACUAAUUUAAAAUAAAAAAAGUAAAAUAAACAAAAAUAAAACAUUUAAUUAUUAAAUCAAUAUUGGUUAAUUAAAUGUUUAUUUGAAAAGAAUAAAACAAUUAGUACUUUAGAAUUUAUUUUUAAAUCUAAAUUAAAAAUUUUCAUUUUUUUUAACCUAAAAUUAUUAUUAAAAUAAUCACAAUUACAAACUGUUUUUAAAUAAUAAGAGAGUUUAAAAUUAAAAUUAAAAUUAAAAUAAAAGAUAAAAAUAAAUAAUUAAAAAUAAGAAAAAACUUUUUAUUAAAAAAAGUUAUAAAAAAAUAAUUUUAAAAUUUUUUUUUUUUGAUUGGUUAUUUUUAAAACAAAAAUAAUUCAAUUUUAAAAAUAAAAAUAAAUUAAUGGAAUUUUAAUGACAAGAAUAUGAUCAUAUAUUUUAUUAAAAAAGUAAAAAUAAUAUUUGAUUUGCAAGACAAUAAAUAAAAAUAAAAUUUUAAU